AUGUCGAUGGGAAACGAGACGUACUCGUGGCGUGCAAGGCCAUAUUUGGUACUUUCUUUAAUCUUUGGUUAUUCCCUCCAUUGUUCUUUGAACACGACCAAAAUUACACUCCUUUAUCUGCUUGUAUUCUUUUCUCUCAGUCGCUCGUUCACGGUGCUUUAUUCAACCACGGCAGGGAUUGUUGCAGGCCAACUUUCGGGCACCGUUGGUCCAUUGACCUCAAUUGCCACAAAGUCAGCUACCAAAACCUGCAAUGUCCUUGACUACGGCGCCAAAGCCGACAAGACCAUUGACUUGGGGCCUCCUCUUGUAUCCGCCUUCGCAGAUUGCAAAACUGGUGGUGUCGUCAUCAUUCCUGCCGGAGACUAUGCGCUGGAAACGUGGGCAAGUCUGUCAGGGGGAUCGAAAUGGGCCCUUCAGCUUGACGGUACCAUACACCGAACUGGUACUGACGGCGGCAAUAUGAUCUUCAUCCAACACACCAGCGAUUUUGAGAUGUUCAGCAGCACCUCGAAAGGCGCCGUGCAAGGAAACGGCUACGAGAUCCAUGCCCAGGGCAGCAUGAGCGGCGCUCGUAUUCUUAGAUUAUUCAAAGUCUCGGACUUCUCCGUCCACGAUAUCGCCUUAACGGACGCGCCUUCGUUCCACUUCUCUCUAGACACAUGCACCAAUGGCGAGGUCUACAACAUGGCCAUCCGCGGCGGCGAUGCCGGCGGCCUCGACGGUAUCGACGUCUGGAGCGAGAACAUCCACAUCCACGACAUCGAAGUCACAAACAAAGACGAAUGCGUAACCGUGAAAUCCCCGGCACACAACAUCCUCAUCGAGAGCAUCUACUGCAACCGCUCCGGCGGCUGCGCCAUGGGCUCCCUCGGGGCCGACACAAACAUCUCCAAUAUCCACUACCGCAACAUCUACACCUGGGCCUCAAACCAGAUGUUCAUGCUCAAAUCCCACGGCGGCUCCGGCUCCGUCUCAAACAUCGCCCUCGAGGCCUUCAUCGGCCACGCAAACGCAUAUUCGCUCGACAUCGACCAGUACUGGGCCUCUAUCAGCGCCGCCUCCGGCGCCGGCGUAGCCGUCUCCAACCUCUCCGUAUCCGCCUGGCGCGGCACCGCCGCAAACGCACUACAGCGCGGCCCGGUCAAAAUCGUCUGCGCCGACGGGGCCCCGUGUGUCGAUGUCGCCGUCUCGGACUUUGCCAUGUGGACUGAGAUCGGCGACGCGGCGACACACGUAUGUCGCAGUGCCUAUGGUGCAGGUGCGUGUCUGGCUGGUGACGGCGCUGGCGUCAGUGAUGCGUACGAUGCCGUGACGUCUACGCUGACGGCUGCGCCGUCCGGAUAUGUGGUACCGAGCAUGGAGGCGAACCUGCAGAACGGGUUUGGCACGUCGCUGAGUAUCCCCGUGCCCACGAUUCCAACGAGUUUCUAUCCAGGCGUCACGCCGCUGCGACCGCUCGUAGGAGCAAGUGUGGAGACUGGUGGUGAUGUUGGGAAGGAGGUCGUGUCGUCGUCAGCGGUUUCGUCGGCGUUUAGCAUGAGUGUGAGUCCCCUGUCUUCGGCGGGAGGCUUGGCGUCGUCGGUGGUGGGUGUGCUUCCGACGCCGGGCCCAGUUUCUUCUGGUGCUUUGAAGCCGUCGAACUCGACACUUUUGACGCCUACACUCGGUCUGCCCGGCUCAACUCCUGGAGCUACGCCGACGAGGGUCGGAUGCCAGCAUCAAGGAUACGGGCACGGGCACGGGCAUGGUCACGGGCAUGCGCAUAGCCAUGUGCGGAGGUUUUCUCCUAGGGGCUGA